CGUGUGUGAAAGAACAGAGAGAGAGAGAGAGAGAGAGUGUGUGUCAGUCUGUUUGAUUCUGGCUCAACCGAGGAACUAAAACACCUCUUAGCGAUUAGUGUCCCGGCACGGUGAGGUUACAGUAUCUUUGCCCUCUGGUUAUGGGAUUCUUCUGUCCGUCAGUCCAUGUGUUUUAUAAUGAUGGUUCGUUAGCAAAGGGGCUGACCGUGGUGCAAUAAAGUAACAAAAAGAAAAGAAAUCAGCUACAGCCCGCCAGAAAGAAUCAACAUGAACCCAAUUCAGAAAGACAUGGAGCUGCUGAGUCACAGCAUGGCUACUUAUGCCCAUAUAAAAGAAAACAUGGAGAGUUUUGCGCUGUACUUCAUGUUGGGCGUAUGUUCCGGUCUUCUCCUGGCCCUGGUCCUCCUGAUCCUAGGCAUCGCCUGCAGACCACUCUUAAAGAAAAAGACACCCUCUUUACCAGACAAGAGACACGUUAAAGAGUCCAGCAAGGAAGAGGAAGGCAAGGAUGAGGAGGAAAGUGAAGCUGGAGAUGUUGAGGACUUAGAAGUCCAUACAGUCACCAUGAGCCCCAUGAGCGAUCAGAGUGAGUGGAAUGGGACUAUUAAGAGCGUUAACGUCUUUACUUCAGCAGAGGAGCUGGAGAGAGCCAGGCGAUUGGAGGAGAGAGAACGUAUCGUCAGGGAGAUCUGGUGGAACGGACAGCCAGAUAUUUUGGUGACCGGCUCGGGCACGCUUGGUCGAGUUCACUAUUGCUAGUGCCAUGAGGUCUCUCAUGGACAACACUCUGAAAUGAAAUGUUAAAGGACAUUAAACUAUGCAACAGCCUUGGAUGAAAUGCUCCUUUAAAGACAUUUUAACACCAUGACAUAAAAAUGGGAGUUUUGUGGCUUUUAAUCCAUACGCAUUAGCAUUUGCAGCCGUCCAUGUGCUAGAACAGUGGUUCUCAACUGGUCAAAAAUGGGUUGGAGGUCUGUUCUGAUAUGAAAGAAAGGACAAACAAUGCAAAAUGUAAUGCAUAAUUGGGAUAAUUAAACAGGCUUAUUAUCUUUCAAAAUGGUGGAGAAUACGCUUCCCAUAUCUUUUGUCGUUGACAUCAAAUGCUGCGUGAUCAAUCAAAUUCUACCAUAUUUUUUUCACAGAUUUAUCUGUCAUGAUAUAGUUAAUACUUCCACAGUUUUGCUUUCAUUGGGUUAGCCUGGUAAAUCACACUUCAAUUGUUAAUUAUGCAUUUGUAAAUGCGUUAAAUGUUCAUUUUCAGUCUGUCAUGUUAAUAAUUUAGCAUGUUGUUGAGUCUGUGCAGUUCAUGGUAACAUUAAAGGUGCUGUAAGCGAUUUUAGCGUUCUGAAGCUUUCACUUGAGCCAUUGAAUUAGCCACGCCCCCUCAUUCCAAAACCCCGCCCCCAAUGAUAAUUUGAGACCAAAACCAGAGCAAAAGAGCAGCAGUGUUUGCUGUAAAAACAGUAAAAAAAUGGUCUCAGUUCCUUCCUGAUCCUAAGUCUUAAAUGUUUUACUCUCUCCAAAAAAAAUUUUUCUCUCUUAAAAAUGUUUUUACUUUCUUCCCAAAAAAAAUUUUUCUCUUGAAAUGUUGAAAAUGAAAUGUUUAAAGAUGAAAUAUUUAAGAUGUUUACAUAUUGUAUUGAGGUCAUUUCUUGUGUGAAUGAAUCAAGUUGCUAAACUACUAAUAAUUAAAAACACAAAAUGUAAAAUUAGACCAUACGUUAUUUAUAGCAUGUAUUUUACCUAUGAUCACGCAUAGAGGUUACGUCUAUUACUAUAGUAACAGUAAGGGAUGUGUGCACUCUUUCAUGAUCAUCCAUUCAUUGGUGAAAAAGUAAGGAAUAAUUUUAUUAUCAUUAUUACAUACUGAGAUCACACUAAACAGUGGUAUUUUGUUUUAAACAUAUUCUUCUUUUCAUCAUUGUGUAAGAAACCCUUUACUGCUCACAAAUGUACUGAAUUUGUUUCAUGAUCUGAUUUAUGCCUGUAUAGUUUUGUUAUGGGACGUAUAAAGAACAGA